AUGUGCGGAUUCGUCUUUCGUUCUCAACCUCCACCCUCCUCCCAGCUGUCUUCAUCCAUCCCGCCCCCCGCUCCCUCAAAUCCCCCCAACCACACCCAAAAAUAUCUUCUAACGCACCCCAGCGGCCUCAUAUCCGGCGAAUCCCCCACCAGAGAAAAACACAAUGUCCCCGCCAUCCACCAUCUACCCACCAACACGCACAUCAUAGACUCCACCCCCAUCGCCAAGUUCCUCGAGGCCACAUACCCCACCCCACCCCUCCCUCUAACCUCCUCGCUAGACGGCACCAUCGAGUUACAGGCACGCUCUGUCGUCGGCCCAACGUUCCGCGCCUCAGUGGUGCCGCGCGAGAUCAACAUCCUCUCGCUCAGGUCACAGGAGUACUUCCGGCGCACGCGCGAGGCGGCGCUAGGGCGUAAGCUCGAGGAUUGCUUGAUGCGGAGGAGGAGAGCUGGAAGGCUGUCUGUGAGGGAAUGAGGGUGGGUGAGCUGAUGAGGACGAAUAAGGCGGAGGGGCCGUUUGUGUUGGGUGCGCGACCGAGUUAUACGGAUUUCUUUAUUGCGGGGUCGUUGCAGUUGGCGAGGGUGGUGGACGAGGGUGGCGGAUGAGGGUGUUUUUGAGAGGCAUAUGAAGUAUGUUAGGUAUAAGGAGGUUUAUGAGGCUUGUUUGCCUUAACGUAAGUCGUGGCGUACUGGCGGUAGUGGGGUGGUUAGAACCACCCCAUCAAACUUACCA